AUGGUUACUGUGAGAACAUUCAUAAGCAUAACAACUUCUAGAGGGUGGAAUAUGUUUCAAAUGGAUGUAAAUACUGCCUUUUUGCAAGGAGACCUUUAUGAAGAUGUCUAUAUGGAGCUACCACAGGGAGCCAAAUCAAUUUCCACUCCAAUAGAGCUGAACCAAAUGCUGACCACUAUUGAAUAUGACAAGCAUGUAGGGGUAAAUGGAGAUGAAGGGUUAGAAGACAUAGGAAGCUAUCAGAAGCUCAUUGCAUUGAGGGCGGUAAGAUACAUAAAAGGAGCACCAGGCCUUGGUAUUCUUCUUGGAACAGGUCCUGUAGAUACAUUAUCUGCCUAUUGUGAUUCAGACUGGGCCUCCUGUCCCAAUACUAGGAGAUCAGUCACAGGAUAUCAUCAAACUGGGAGAUUUUUUGCUUUCAUGCAACAUCCCAAACAGUCUCAUUGGGAUGAAGCAUUGAGGGUGGUAAGAUACAUAAAAGGAGCACCAGUACUUGGUAUUCUGCUUGGAACAUGUUCUGUAGAUACAUCAUCUGCCUAUUAUGAUUCAACUGGGCCUCCUGUCCCAAUACUAGGAGAUCAGUCACAGGAUAUAUCAUCAAACUAG